AUGUCUACCACCUCAUGCUCCCCCUCUUCAACAGCUGAUGAUCUACUCGACGAUCGCCAGCGCAUGAAAUUCGAGUUCCUCUUCCAACACACCGCACCUCCACCCCGAGAAGCAGCUCCUUCUUCUGGUACUCCCAGGAGACAUUCUCGCACGCACCGAAUUGUCCGGCUUCUUCUGCUCGCCGAGGUGGCCUACUCGAUGCUUGCCAUCGGCCUAAUCUCGCUAUCCAUCACGAUUUCGCGGACGAUUAGCGACGGGCCGCCAGCCCUCCACCAUGGAUCCACAAUGGCGUUACUACCCCGAGUCGCCCUGUGCUUCAUCUUGACGGUGAACGUUUUGACCGCAUUAAAUGUAUGCUGCCGAAUGCAGGAUGGGAGGAGUUGCGCCUCCACCCUGAUGAUCCAUGUAAUCUGGAAAAUCAUCCUGGCCAUGGUGCUGAUGCCCACCGUAACCUUGUUCUCGUUUAUUCGAUUUGAGGAAUACAUGCAUUCCUGGCCGUCAAAGUGGAUCGGUGCGAAAGUGCUCGUUUUGAUGUGGUUGUAUGCUGUAUUUUCGGUGUUUUCAAUAGUACUUCUCUCCACCCUAGCGCGCGGGAUGUGGGCCAAAAAAGCGCGAUGCCGUCGCAGCAGCGUUGACAGCAAAAUUAGCAUAAUUGGAGCAACAGUCAACUCCAAUUCCGAGCUUGUCACCCUCUCUUCAGCUGAUUUGCUGCCACAAGCC